UUUGAUUUUUUGAGAUUCAGAUUUUCCGAAGUCUCGUCCGGCUUAUUUGAAAAAAAUAUUGCCAAAGGAUGGGUCUCAUCGAGGACGAAGUCCUCGAAGUGUCCCGCCUGUGUUGCAAUGUAAUUCCCGGAUCAAAAUUGAUCACCUGCAUGAGCUCGCUGAUUCGGGUGGACCUGUACCAAACCGAGUCACGCCAGCUGACCGCUUGUAUUCGGUUUCCGUCGGAAUAUCCUCGCAACAAGUUGCUGGUGGAGUUCAAAAGCAAAACGAUGUCACUUACCUUUCUGGAACGCUUCACGAAAAUUUGUGACGAAAAGGGCGCGGGGUUUGUGGGCAAACCUCAGGUCAUGCCGAUGCUUAAAUUUGUUGACGGUUAUUUGAGGGAGAAUCCACUAUGUAUUGUCACGCAGGAGAUAUUUGGGAUUAAGAAACUGCUGGAGGGCACGGGUGGAGAGCUCAAAUUGCGUCAGAAGUCUUCAAGCGUAAGCUUGAUGGCGCGAGGAGGUCCGUACUACUUUGGGGCUAAGUUUCACGUACCGGAGGAAUACCCAGUUAAGCGGAUUCAAUGGGAGGACUGCGAUUGUAACCUUCCCCAAGCCUUGAUUCGAUUCGUCAACGGCCAAUCGAAGGAAAUUGCCAGGCAAUGUGUAGAAGCGCCUUUGAGAAAACUGAAAACUGACCAGGAAUUUCAACCCAAGCCAAGUCUCGAACGCACGUUACGAUUUAUCAUUGAGGCCUUGAAGGGACUACCCACCGACCGUUGUCCAAUCUGCGAAGAAUUGUCCCUACCUUCAACCUUAGUGGAAGCAGAAAUUUCCGACGAGGACGAUCGCUUCCUGAUUCGCAUGUUCUGCGGCCACAUCUACCAUCAGGGCUGCCUGAAGAAGUACAUGAGCGAGCCACCGUUUCCACCGGGUGGGAAAAUUUGUCCCGCCAAGAGGAAGCAUCCUCGAUCGGAUCGUAGCGCAGGAAGGAGGCCUGCGGUGGAGUCCAACGAGCUUUGCCAGCAGCGGGUCACACAUGACAAGUGGGGCUUGAACGACGUCAAGUCGGCGGAGGCCAAGUGGGCGCAUCAACAGGCCAGGAUAAGAGAGCUGGAGGAAGUUAUCGAUUUCAUGAGUUAGGACGGUUGGAGGAAAAAUGUGAAUCAAUUAUUGGCAGUUUAUCAAAGUAUUGUGUAAUCAAAACUUGAAAACUAAUCGAAAUAAAUUUUUGUCUUUAAAUUAUACACAA